CUUCGGCCUGAUUGGUUGAGUUGCGAACGUUUGAAGUGGCAGGUGAAAAGAACAUGGUACGCCCGCUGUGAUUGGUCGUGGUUGAACUUUACUGAAGGCAGGUGCUGUAUUGCGGUUAAGUUGGUUUAUACAAGUUGCGUUCGCGGCUUCUUUCGUGUGGAUAGUUUUCGACAAAAAGCUACGAUCUUUGAAGUUGUUUAACAAGAUGCCUGACAUCGGCUCGAGCCAAAACGUCCAAGAACCACCACACUUAAACGGAAACAUUUCUCAAAAUGGAGAAAGAUACCCCGACAAAGAGGAAAGUAAUAUGACCGGAGGAAGUCACAGUCCAACUGGAAGCGCGAAGUCUCGGGGAAGCAGUCGUGGAAGCCCAGCUCCGAGUCAGCUAGAACGGGAGAAGUUCGAUUUGUCACUAUUUGUGUAUCCUCUGGAGGAGAAGUAUCAGUGUCCAAUUUGCGGGGAUGUUCUCCGUUAUCCAGUUCAAUUUAUAAGGGAGUGCGGACAUCGCGUUUGUUGCAAGUGUUUCGAUGAGCUAAAAAGGGUCGAACCGCGAUGCCCGGUGGAUCAAACACCCAUCAGCAAAGAUGACGCUUACCUUGACAAGGCUUUUCAUAACGAGAUCUUAGCACUUGACGUCAAGUGCAAGAACAAUGAAUGGGGAUGCAAAUGGGAAGGAGAAUUUCAGAAUUAUCAGGACCACGUAAACUCGAAUUGUGAAUACGCGGAAAUACUCUGCAUGAACGACUGUGGUGCAAAGUUUCAGAAGAGAUUUUUGCAAAAACAUCUGGACAAAGAUUGCCCGAAGAAGAUCAUCGCUUGCCCUUAUUGCGAUGAUAGACAUCUCAGAGAGGACAAGAAGGCGCAUCUGGCAGACGAGUGUCCCAAACUACCCCUUCCAUGUCCAAACAAAUGUGACAAAAAGCUGGAGAUUCCUCGAGAUGAGCUGGAUCAGCACAUAGAGGAAGUUUGUCCGAAGACGAAGAUGAUGUGUGAAUUUGAGUACAUCGGCUGCACACACAGGUGCAGCAGAGAAAAAAUGCCAAAGCAUUACAAAAGUAACAUGAUCGAGCAUGUUAAGGCAGUCUUUGUGAAGAUACAAGAGCUAGAUGGAACGCUAGGAAAACACGAAAACACCCUUAUGGAGCAGGCUGACCUCAUCAAAGCACAGGACAAGCGAGUUGGGGACCUGGAGAAAAUUGCAAACAGCCAACUCAUUUGGCGAAUCGAGGACUACACGCGCAAGCUAAAGGAAGCCAAGGCAGGAAAUGGAGACACGUUGUUUAGUCCUACAUUCACGACCAGCAAGCAUGGAUACCGCCUGUGUGCCUCAGUUUGCUUGAACGGUGACGGAAAGGGAAAGGGAUCGCACAUGUCUGUGUUCAUCAGCGUUUUGAAAGGAGCUUUUGACAGUUUGUUGAAGUGGCCUUUCGACUACAGGGUAACAUUUUACCUUCUCGACCAGAACGAAGAUCACGCACAGCGAAAGCACAUUAAAUUCAGCAUCAAACCGAACCCGUGUCCAGAGAAUGAACCGUUCCUUGGUCGACCCAAGCUUGAAAAGAACGCUAGCUUUGGAGGAGCAAAGUUUGCCAAACACGAUGAGAUUGAAACCCGGAACUACAUCAAGGACGAUACUAUCUAUAUCAAGAUUUCAGUAGACUGCGACGGGUUGAGUGAGCCGUAAGAUACAACAUUGUGAUAGCUAUUAACAACCUAUAGAGUAGUGCAACUUUAAUUAUCAAUGCACCUUUCAAGGCUUUAAACAGCUGAUCGCAGGUCGAUGUGUAAGCAACCAAUGAAUCACUCGCAAGCAAGCAUGCGCUUACAAUACUGGGCCGGGUUGUUCAAAGCUGGGUUAAGAUAACCCAGGGUUAGUGGGAUAUUUGACUUCACAUCUGAAAGCUUUAAAUAACAAUUCAGUACAAUUCUCUUUGUCUACAAUUUGAUGAUUGGAUAGUCUAAAAAAGAAUAGGGAAGAUCAUCCCAAAAAGAGUCUUGAAUAGAGGAAUAAGAAAUCUGGAUCAAAAUCUAACCCCGGGUUUGUGCAAGUCGGCCUUCGAACAACUGGGCCCUGGACAGUAAAAGUGUCGAGCGGGUAAUUAUGGAAGUCUUUUUUGUAUUAGAGGUAUAAUCUCACCGUAGUGUCCACUUGAAGGCGAACGUUGGAGGAGGUUUGAUUGUACAUAAAAAUUAUGUCCUGGUAUUUCAAAGUUGAAAAACGUCGAGAGAUUUGUAUCAUAAAUCAGAGGGUAUUUCCUCAGAAAAUUGGAAAAUUGUGUCUAGACAGGAAUUUUUUAGAUUUCAAGUAACAGCCGGGAUUCUUUGCUAUUCGAGAAACUUAUUCAAGCGUAGGUUUUGGGACUGGUUAGCUCUUAUAAGCGCGAGAUGCCUUCUGAGUUCUCGUUGCGAGUAGACCCUUCGGUCCUAAAAACCGUGAUACUCUUUCUUUAGAGAGAGAAGAUAUCUGGGAAACAUACUGUUUGUUUUUUUGGGCAAUUCCCGAGAAAGUGCAAACGAUGAGGCCAUGAUUCUAAUAAAAAUAACUAUGAUAUAAUUUAUCUAAUAAGUGGUAUCGCUCUGAGUAUGUCAAAAGUCACGAUAUUACGUUGCUAAGCAACAGCAAUUCCGUCAUAUUAGAAGAAAAAGGAAUUUCCAUGGUAAAACUAGUUGUCAGCAGAAUAUGGUGACGUAGGAUUGUUGUUGCUAGAGUCAGUAGACCCUGAUUUAUAACACUGCAGAUUAAUUUUUAAAAUGAAAGAAAUCACCUACACAAAAAAUGCGGUAAAAUAGUCGCGCUUGUCUUAACAGCUUAGCUUUUCGUAGAUUGUUAGAGCAAUUUUAACAUGUCUCCAAUAUUUAUUAAUUGCCGAGUAGGUAAUCUUGUUUCACUUGCACGGCGAGCUACUUCUCGUCUAUGGUAGUGAUACAGUUAAAUGUGGAACAUUUUACUCAUACAAUACGAAAAUAUACGUGAUGUUAGCGCACAAUUCAUCAUAAUCGAAGUAGAACUAUUUUAGAAUAGCAAAAUACUUUUCCUGUGUAUGUUUAACUUUUCACUUCUUACUUGUAAAUAAAGAGAGACGUUUGAAUUCCAA